UUGCGUUGCGUUGCGUUGCGUUGCGUUGCGCUGCGUAGCAUCCCAUCGUCUGAGCGACACUCUUGUCUGGCUGACAAUCCUCCGGCCUUCCCCCCCACCCCCGGUUUCCCGGCCCCCGGCCUAGCAGACGAUCCUCCUCGAGAACUUGACGUCUUCACUCCCGAAACCUGGCCACGCCCAGUACCACAUUCAUUCAAACCCAUCGACCUGCCAUCCUCGAUCCCCGACUCCGCCGCCUGGAUCCCCCCCAACCGACGAAUGAAUUAGCCCGCUGCGCCUCUCACCCCGUGCCUCGAUCAAUCUCGCGUGGUGCAACCACCACCUGUCCACGCUCCAGCCCCUUCGUCGGCUCUAAAAUGUCGGCACCAGCGGAUUCCACGCAGAGUGGUGGCAAGGCCGUCUCCGACGAGACUUCACGGCUCGAUCAACCCAAGGACGCUGUGCCGAUGGAGAGCAUGCCUCAGCCGCCAUCCGAAGCGGCUCCCGCUGCGCACGAUGCCGAUAAGACCAUCCUCCCCAAGGAUGACACCAAGCCCUCGUCCUCCACCGCCGUUCCAUCUACAUCCGAGUCGCCCGAACAGUCCGCCGUCACCGCAGCCGCAUCUCUCAAAGGCAAGGAGAAGGAGAAUGCUCCUCCGCCGCCAGCCAAGGAGUCGCAAGACGCCGUCAUGGCCAUAGGGGAAGCCGUUGACGACAUCAGAUCCGUCAUGCCAGGCGGUUCCGACGGUCCCGUCUGCAACAUCACCCUGCUUCUAACUUCUGGGAGCCGCCACCCGUAUAAGAUCGAUUCCAAAUACCUGAGCAGGAGGAACGUAGACAUCCCCGACCAAACCGAGAGUGGACAACCCGACCCCUUCAGCAUCAGCAUCUACACUCUCAAAGAACUCAUUCUGCGCGAAUGGCGAAGCGAUUGGGAGGCAAAGCCAUCGAGCCCCAGCAGCAUUAGACUGAUUCAUUUUGGAAAAUUACUGGAUGAUAAGGAGCCACUGAAGAAGUACCAGCUCAGCGCGGAGGCCCCGAACGUGGUGCACAUGAGCAUCCGGCCUCAGGAUCUCGAUGAGGAGGAGCCAAAGUCCGGGAGCAAGAACCUUGCCUCGGGCGGUGCUGACGGCCAACGCCAGCGAGGAGGCGGCUGCUGCGUAGUGUUAUGAGCACCAUCUGUAUUGGGAUAGAAGCGAUUUUCUGGAGCGAAACCGGGCCCGACCCAUCAUGCUCAAGCGGUACAUAAACGUCAUGCGUCGGACCUCAUCGACCACCUCCGGCACGAGGAAGCGUGUCUGUUAACAUUCGGCUGGCUCAAAGAUCGGCCUACCUCUGGCAACUCGAUGCCUGACCAUCACUCUCUCUUGUCUUUUUUUUUGGUCUAUUGUCUUACACACGGAGAAGCGAAUGAUGGGAACGACUCGUGGAAGACGGGGAAAUCGGAGUCUACAUUGGCGUAACAUGUAUAAAUGUAAUUCUUUGUUUGUCUUUCGGUACCUCUGCUCCCGGCAUUGGCGUCGGUGCGCAUGUCCAUAGCAGGAUAGAUGGCAUUCACAUUGCUGUACUCUGCAC